AUAUUCAUGUCGAGUUACUUUAUCAUUUUUUAACCCUAUCUCGCAUCUUCUUUACUUCCUCCUAUCUGUUAAUGGCGCGAACACUACACUUCACUUGCCGAUGACGCUUGCAAAUCCGAGCUGAAUUCGAAGGUCUAGCAGGGAGAAUUUUGCGGCGUGAUGUGAACUAGUGUUUAAAUUGCUUUCAUCGAGAGUUUCUGGUGUGCUCUCUCCGCCGAAUCGAGAACCUCAUGCGGGAUCCUCUGCCAUGAACGGUAGCAGCGUCGUCGAAGGGGCGAGGGAAGGUAACAGAAUGAAGAACCACAGCAGACCAGAUGCCGUGUCCGGUGCUGAUCUCUGGACCGAAGGUCUGAUUUGCGCCUUCGAAUUCGUUCGCGGCCGCCGGAGGAGCAAUUUCAGAUCUCCUCCAAAAACCCCUACCAGAUCGACCAACGGCGGUGACAACAGGCAGCCGCACCUCCCAGGAAACGACGGCGUCGCUGAGAAACUACUGAACGACGCCUCGAUUGGGGAUGAAUCUCGAGACGGCCGACUGCAGGAGUCGUCGGAGAGCUUCGACGGCAGCCACUGGGUGCCGAUCGGCUGGACAAGGAUCUCGGAGCUGGUAAAGAACGUGCAAGUCAAUGAUGGCUGGGCGUCGCAGCAGCUCGAGUUGAUCGACUGUGAAUCGGAUAUCACGGUAGCAGAUUUGGCAGCUCCUUACUGGGAGCGGCCCGCAGGACCAAUGUGGUGGUGCCAUGUUGAUGCCGGCCACCGCUCCGUCCAGGCUUGGCUCAACAGUGCUCAGUGGUUGCAUCCGGCGAUUAGUCUCGCGUUGCGAGACGAGAGCCGGCUGAUCAGCGAGAAGAUGAAGCACCUGCUUUACGAGGUCCCUGUAAGGGUUGCUGGAGGGCUUCUGUUUGAGCUACUGGGACAGUCUGCUGGUGAUCCAUUUGAUGAUGAAGAUGACAUUCCAGUCGUGCUACGUUCUUGGCAAGCACAGAAUUUCCUGGUUACUGCGUUGCAUGUUAAAGGCACAGUGUCAAGAAUAAAUAUUCUGGGGAUAACUGAGGUUCAGGAUCUUCUGUCUGCUGGAGGUUAUAAUACGCCUAGAACAGUGCAUGAAGUCAUAGCACAACUAGCUUGCCGCUUGACUCGAUGGGAUGACAGGCUAUUUCGCAAGUCGAUCUUUGGGGUUGCCGAUGAAAUCGAGUUGAAGUUCAUGAACAGGAGAAACCACGAAGAUAUGCAUCUCUUUGGGAUUAUUCUGAACCAAGAGAUUCGAAAGUUGUCACGACAGGUUAUUAGAGUGAAGUGGUCACUCCACGCGAGGGAGGAGAUUAUAUUUGAGCUGCUUCAGCACUUGAAAGGAAACGGAGCAAGAAUGUUGUUAGAGGGAAUAAGAAAGACCACCAGGGAUAUGAUUGAGGAGCAAGAAGCAGUUCGAGAUCGCUUGUUUACCAUUCAAGAUGUCAUGCAAAGUACUGUCAGGGCAUGGUUGCAGGAUAAAAGCCUAAGAGUGACACAUAACUUGGCUGUUUUCGGUGGCUGCGGCCUUGUGCUCUCAAUCAUCACUGGGUUAUUUGGGAUCAACGUGGACGGAAUCCCAGGAGCGGCAAACACUCCAUAUGCCUUUGCCCUUUUCACAGGGAUACUCUUCACCAUAGGCUCAGUGUUGAUUGCACUGGGGAUCUUGUACCUUGGGCUUAAGAAGCCGGUCAAGGAAGAGCAAGUGGAAGUAAGGAAGCUGGAGCUUGAAGAACUGGUUAAGAUGUUCCAGCACGAGGCUGAGACCCACGGCCAGGUUCGCAAAGGUAGGACCAGGACUAACCUCACCCCGACUACUGGUGACAAGUUCUCUGAUGACGUAGAUUAUGUUCUCAUCCAAUAAAACCCCAAUUUAGAUCCUCGUCUAACGACUCUCUGCUCUGCCUCUUGUUCUGAAAAGAAAUACUUUCAGGAUACUCACUAAGCAUUGAAGGGAAAUGUACUAGUGAGACUGCAGAUAUGGCAUAAACUUGGGAUGUUAGUUGCUUUUGUUCUCGCAUAUACUACUACUUCGCAGUGGCUCAUUCGAUCGUCUUUUCUGCUAACCAGAGAGUUGGAGCAGAGUAUUCAUUACAAACCGAAGUUUAAAUCUAACAUAUUAUGUAUAAGACGACAGCGGGAGGGAGAUAGUAACUAUGUAUUGUACAAAGUAGAGGAUAUUCAUCAUUUGAGAAGGGAUCUCGUGAGAUGCUCGCGAGCUGUGACCAGGGCUUGAGCCAAUGUCUGCAAAAAACCACAAAGUAGACAAGCUGUGAGGCUAAACCAUAACGACCAGAACAGAGAACAGAGGUUUUCAGGGGUCGAAGAUGGUACCUGCUCUGACAAUGGAGCUCCAGAAUCUAUGUUAUGACUAGCUACCUUGUUAGCAAGAACAGCUGCGUCUGUUUGCAGAGGGACACUGCACAAUCGAAGCAAAAAUAAAAACACGGUUCUUACAACGGGAAACAUUUUGGAGCAAGGUUUGGAAAACUCGAACGAAUUCUCUCAUACCCGCCAUCGAUAGUUUCAUCCAAACACAGAAGAAUGAGAUCCAGAUUCUCAAGCACCUCGCUCUUCUCCACAUUGCCUCUGAAGUUGGAUCCAAAGAGACAAUAAACUCAGUAA